CCCGCGGGCCGCUCCCGUCGCCGUGGAAACGAAGGCAGCCAAUCGGCGCGGCGGCUUCCGCUCCUCCGCGCAGCCGAGGACUCCGACCGACCGCGAUGCUGAAGGCCAAGAUCCUGUUCGUGGGGCCCUGCGAGAGUGGAAAAACCGUUUUGGCCAACUUCCUGACAGAAUCAUCUGACAUCACUGAAUACAACCCGACCCAAGGAGUAAGGAUCCUGGAAUUUGAGAACCCACAUGUUACCAGCAACAACAAAGGCACGGCGUGUGAAUUUGAGCUAUGGGAUUGUGGCGGUGACCCCAAGUUCGAGUCUUGCUGGCCAGCCCUGAUGAAGGACUCGCACGGAGUGGUGAUCGUCUUCAAUGCCGACACACCGAGCCACCUGAAGGAAAUCGACAUGUGGCACUCCUGCUUCGUCCAGCAGCAGCUCCUGCAGGAUGCUCAGUGUCUGUUAAUCGCGCACCACAAACCCGGCUCCGGAAGUGAUAAAGGGAGCCUGUCUCUGUCACCCCCCUUGAACAAGCUGAAGCUGUUGCACUCGAAUCUUGAGGACGACCCCGAAGAGAUCAGGAUGGAGUUCAUAAAGUACUUAAAAAGCGUCAUCAACUCAGUGUCUGAAAGCCGAGACCGGGAAGAAAUGUCGAUUAUCACCUGACCAGCCUUCAUCCGGACUCUUCCACAUCAUGGAGGGGGUGAGGUCAUUUCCCAGGCAGAUCUCAAACCUUGUCCAACUGCUGAUGCAUCCUCCCCAUGGCCUUGGAAGAGAUUUUCCUUGUCUGCUCUGCGGUACCGUCAGCCAGGGAGUUGACUCCUACCGUUUGUUCUCUGUCCUUCGUUCCGUUGAGAAAAUGCUGUUACUGAGUUCUGAUUCCUUUGCCCCAGACCUCUCCCAGAGCUGGAAAACUGAGGUGUUUUUCUUUCCUCUUCAUAGACAUCAAGUUAUGAAAAUUGUGGAAUUGUAAACUGUCCGAACCAAAUGAUACAAUCCUUAAUUCACUCAACAAAUACUGAUGUGUCCUGUUACGCUGUUCUAGCCACCGACUAUGGACAGCAGGAGUGAAACGUACAAAUCUCCGAACUCACAGAGCUGCCCUUCCGCUCCUCUAGAUCAUAGUGCGGUUGAGUUCCAAAAUUAAGUUUUACACCUUAGAUACGGGGGCAAGUUAUAGAUUCUGCAUUUUCUGUAAUUGGUCUAAAUCCCAUGCUCCCAUCCUCCUAGAUAAUGGGGACACCUGGACCACACGUGAGGCCAAAUAAAGGUACACUUUAUCCUCA